UGGGUGAACUAUCCUUUUAAAUUCAACAUAAUGGUUAAGAAUCAAGCACUUCUUUUGUAGGUUUGCUUGCAGGUCUGGUCUUCACAUUUAAGUUCCUUAAAAGCGAGAGUUAAAGAGUACAUAAGCUUCCGAAAUGCCAGCAAAGACAUAAAGAGCCCUACCUUACCCUAACCAUGGGUGGAAGUGCUGCCCCCUUUUGGAGUCAGCCCAACCCCUUUCUGGAGUAAUCCCUCCCUCUUUUGGAGAUUUCCAGCCUACUUGAAAGCUUCAGGGUGACAAUGCUUCACCACUUCUUAGUUCAUGCGGCUUUUCAGACAAGCAGAUGGCUUCCAAGAGACCAAAGGUUGAAAUUUCAGAUUGUUCUUUUCAUCUUUGUGGUGCUUUUCCUGGCACCACAGUUUUAUGUCUUUUCAAGGCCACAAUCUUUUCGUUAUUGUGAAAAGCCACUGUUGAACAAUCUAAUAGUCUUCAUUGUGUUCUCCUUUGCAGCAACAGGUUUGGCUAUAGCUCUUACACUGACCGAUCCAGUUCCCAAGAGUAUCAGGGUAACAUACCACUUAUUUGGGCUGUUCUCAUUUGCAGAGGGACUCUGUACAGCCAUUCUUACCUUGACUGCACCUGAAUGUGCGAACACUACCCCAGAACUGUAUAUAUUUUCUUUGGUAGUCUCUUGGGCUUGCAUAACAUCAACAGCUUUCUUUCUGGUCAGAGGUGGUUUUUGUCUUAUGCACAGACUUUUUCCCCAUUGGUUGAGAUAUACUUAAUUCUGGGGAGAAAUAUGAUCCACUGCCGCUGUGACCGUCAACUGAAACUAAAUACAGGUGCAUCUAUUAUUUAGAUGGUCUCAUGUGUUAGAGAAUGUGGUCAGGCACAGAUUAAGGUGGAUUCUGUCCAAUGAUACACCCUUACAGCACACAAGGGAUGUGGAAAAUAGAUAGGCAGAAUGCUAUUUGUUUACUUGAAAACAAUUAUUGUAAAUGACAUGUAUGUACAGUACUGUGCAAAAGUCUUAGGCACAUAAGAUGUUUCACAAAAACAUUUGUCUUCAGAUGGUUAUAUAUAUAUCUUCAGCUUUAGUGUGUCAAUAGGAAAUAUACAUUUUAAACUCCCAAGCAUUCCUUUUGCAAAUAGAAGAACAGGGAGCUCUGCAACAGAUAGCAUGGCCCCCACAGAGCCCCCCAAUGAACAUAGUCAGUCUCGGAUUACAUGGAGACAGAAGCAAUUGAGACAGCCUAAAUAGACAGAAGAACUGUUACGAAUUCUCCAAGAUGCUUGGAACAUCCUAUCUGCCAACAACCAAGAAAAACUGUGUCCAGGUGACCUAGGAGAAUUGGUGCUGUUUUGAAGGCAAAGGUGGUAGAAUUUUUUUUUGUUUACUGGACUUUGUAUGACGCUAAUUGAUAAAUGAAAACUUUUUAUGGCAUUAUUUUUUGAAGACAUCCUCACUAUGCAAAACUUUUGUACAGCACUUUAUAUGUUUUUCAUAUAUAUAUAAUAUGCUUUUAAAAAUGUUUAAUUGUUUCCACAAAUAUUUGGAUUAGUUCAAUUUGUUUAGGGUUCAUGUCUUAUAUAUAUAUAUUAAAAACAAUUAUAUUUAAAAAUAAAAUACAAUUUUGUUAAACCUUACUGUCGGUGGGUGCUUUGCUGCAAGUUCUUUAUAUGAUCUUUACAUGUUCAUGAUUAUAUAUUAUUUUAAAAAUUGAUUUUAAAAUAUGAUUUUAAUACAAAUCUAAGCCACUCAAAAAUAUGCUCAAAUAGAUAGAAAGGACUACACUAUUUUAUUUCAUUAUCAAGCAUGUUUAUUUCAUUCACAUUUUUACACAUUAGAUCAUCCCUGUGGAAUGUAAUGUUACUCAUCUGGACUACAAUGGAUUUAUUGGCAAAACUAGUGGUGGUGGUAAUCAAUUAGACAAUACUGUCCAAACUCCUGCAGUGUAACAAAGCAUGGAAUGCUUCAAUAUUUUAAACAAGUUACAAACACCUGACACCAAACCUGACGGAACAACGUUGUUCUGGAAUGGUUUUAUCAAGUAAGAAUAAUAACAGGAACUUCAAAAUCAAUCUAAAAAUAAAAAGCACAUUAAAAGUCGUAUUUUUUGGAUAUGGAAAUGAAACACUGGAUAUGACAUGUUCCAAGUUUUGUGGACAUGUAUUGUAAGGAUUCUUAACCUGUGGUCUGUGACUAUGCUUAGAGCAGGAAUUAACCAUUAAUUUCACUAUUUAAAUUCUUGUUUGAAGAGGAGGAAAAAGAAACCAAAUACUUCAGUUUUUCCAAAGAUUCAAGGGCAUAAUUGUUUUCCAUCUCAGAUGUUAACCUAACAGUCUGCUGCAGCUAUGUAUUAAGCAACCAUUUAAAUGUUUUUUUUUUUUUUUUUUUUAAGAAAUAAA